UCCUGGACUGUAGAACAGAUACCCAUGUGGCUGAAUCCCACGCUGGACCACCCCAAACAAACGAGUCCAAGUUCAACGCUAAACCUUGCUAUCGCUUUCGAUGAUUCGACCCGGGCGCGAAGGUGCCACAUUUUCUUUUUUUUUUUAAGGCGGGGCGUUUUCAGCCGCUAUUUUCCUACGCAGCUGCAGUUACACCUACAAGUGUGACUUCAUGUCGUCUGCUACGUUGUCUGGACCCGCAAGCCUGCGAUGCGGUGACGCUAUGGUGCAGCAGACGACACGAAGCCACGCCUCCAGGCUUCAUUGCGUUUCCUAAAUCAUUACAUUACCGCAAGGCGGUGGGCUUUGCGUAGCCUAUGGAAAGCUUUAGCAUACCGCAGGUUGUCUAAACGAGUACCUCAUUCGCAGCGCGCGGUGCAUCGACUGGGCCUCUACAAACUCAAGCAGAACUUGACGGUCACCAUCACACCCCAGGUCGUGAUCCAGGAGAGCACCGGAAAACGACCCUACACCUGCUACGACAAGAACAACAAAGCGGUGUACUUCGUGGACUUCACGCAUCCGAUGGCGCAGCAACACUGGAACGAGGCGCUACGAAUCGCCAAGAUUUCCGAAGUGGUGAACGACACCGUCAAUUACCUGCUGUUGGAGGCACCCCGUUGCAAGAUCAGAGGCUCCCUCACGCCAGUGUGCCCCCACGCACCACGAGACGUCGCCACGCCUACUGAUCAGAUAUGCGGUACGGCUCGCCUGCACCUGUCGACGUACGCAGACCUCAGAAACUCCUACCCCUACAUGCUGGCCGAAAUGACGAACAGGUAUCGAACGAUGGAGACGUCACAACGGCAGAAGCUUCUGUCGGAUGUCACCUUCGCUGGUCAGGGAAAAUGGAGCGGCUACUGGCGUUCACAGGCCCCUCGCAACUGGGCCGAACUCGGAGACACUCUGGCAGGCAAGAGGAAAUGA